AUGAUGUUCAAUAAUGUUCAAGAUUUAGUUAGUUAUUUACGUCGUUCACAUAAUCAAUCUAAGUUAUCAAAGCGUUUACAAAUGUUCACAAAAACACGUUGGAAUUUAGCCUAUUCAAUGAUUUACAGUUUUAUUAGUGUUUAUCCAGAAUUAUCUGGUGUUGUAAAAGAUCCAGAACAAAAACAAAAGUUGGCUGCAAUUGAUUAUGAUGUUCUUUUGGAAUUUAGCAAUUAUUUUAAAUAUUUCGUCGAGGUGACAAAAGUAUUAUCAGCUGAUAAACAUCCAACUAUUCAUUUAGUAUUACCGUUAAAGCAAUGGUUAAUCAAUUUAUCAAAACCAAAUGCACAUGAUUCUGCUGCAAUUGCUUCUUUGAAAAAAUACAUGCAUCAUGAAAUUGCUUCAUAUUGGGAGCUUGAAGAUGUACACUUUAUGGUUAUCAUUUUACAUCCAAAUUUCAAAUAUUUACAUGUAUGUCCAGCUGUUAAAGGCAAAUGUUAUAAUUUAUUAAAUGAUGAAAUUGAAAGACGUCGUGCAAAAUCACGAUCUUCAUAUGCAUCAAGUAGUUUGUCUUAUCCGACAACUACAUCACGACAAACAACAGAAGAAAAUGAUGCUGAUAUUAUUGAAUCAUGUUUUGAUCUUGAACAAUCUCAAACAAGACAACAACAUAUUAAUGAUGAGUUUGAAGGCUACUUGAAUGACGAAACAAAAUAA